AUUAAUUUGAUUGCAUUUCUUUUUGAUUCGAAUUGGAACUUUAUACAGGUUAUGUGUUUUUCCAGUGAAUUAUAACUUAUAACAAUUUCAUGAAACUAAGCUAAUUGAAAUUUUGAAAAAUAAAAUUUCCGCUUGAAGUUCUCUUACCUGCUCUAAUAGUCACAAAUAGUUGUGGCGUAAUAGGUGUCUAAAGAUGAUAUUCCAGUUAGUGCGAAGGCUACACAUUACUCCUGUAUGCCAAGCCGCUGAGUCCUCACUGCUUGCAAAGCUGAGAAAAAAGACAGGAUAUACUAUAGCUAAUUGCAAGAAAGCAUUACAGAUGCAUAAUAAUGAUACUGACAAGGCUGAGGCAUGGUUGAAUGAACAAGCCCAAGCCAUGGGUUGGGCCAAGGCCACCAAACUGGCCGGUCGGACAGCUCUGCAAGGCCUGGUGGCAGUCAAGUUUGAUGCCAGCCACGGAGCAUUGGUAGAACUCAACUGCGAGACAGACUUUGUGGCCAAGAAUGAGAAAUUCCACAAGAUGAUGGAAGAUGCUACAGCCGCUUGUUUCAAGUUCUCUCACACUAGCUUGCAAGCCAAAGGACCAAUAACAAAGAUGGAAUUGGACAGUGAGCAGCUAGGAAACUUAUCAGUCGAAGGUGGCAAGAAACUUUCAGAAGUGCUGGCAUUGUUUAUUGGUUCUGUUGGCGAAAACGCGGUACUUAGACGAGCUGAAUGCUGGAAAGCGAACGCGAACGAUAUAAAAAUUGCUGGUUACACGCAUCCCGCGCCCUCACAGCCAUCGGAAUACUCAGCGGGAAAGUAUGGCGCCUUGUUGGCGUACAGACAGGCCGGGGAUCACGAAGACAUCGGCCGGCAGCUCUGCCAACACAUCGUCGGCUGCGGACCCAGGAAAAUCGGAAACAAAGAAACAGACAAACCAGCCAAAAACUCUGACGAUGAAACCUGUCUCAUAUAUCAAGAGUAUUUACUAGAUCCUAAUUUUACUGUCGAGGAAGUAUGCGAACAAAAUAAAGUCGAAAUCUUAGAUUAUAUCAGAUUCUCGUGUGGUGAAGCCGUAGAGAAUAAUAUGCCAGGUGUAGAGAAGCAACCCUUGGACACAGUUCAAACAUUGCAGUGAGAGUAAGAAAGAUUUAUCAAACAAUUAUGAAUUGUUGUGUUAAAAUUGUAUUAGUAAUUUAUUUUGCAUUUAAGCAAUAAAAUGCUUUAUAAUCGUUA